ACUAGCUUUUAAGUGUUAGCACGAGUGCAAAGGAGUGUGAGUGUGUAUAUUUAUGUAAGCACUUCUAAUGAGCAAGAUUCAAAACUGAAAUUUAUCUUGCGAAGGUUCAGAGAAGCAGCGAUCCGAACCUUCAAAAACAAAAAAAAAAAAAAGAGGGAAAAAAUUGACACCUGUUAUUACUAUAACACAAAGUAUACGUUAAAGGUACUUACAAAGCUAUAUCAAAGAACAUACCCCACUAUAUCCCUCUCUCCCUCUUUUACAUAUACGCACACAUACGUUUAUGUAUACUAAUAUAUAUUUAUACACGCAACAAUGCCACACUAAAAUACCUUUUGAAACCGAAUUAGACUUCAAGAGACGCGGCAUCACAGCACAUAUGUUGCAAAUAUUGAACUCUUGUUGAUUCAGCAAUAUUUUAAUUCUCAUCAAACAUAUCGAUAAUGUGGAUAUAGUUAUUAUAAGCAGAUACACGACGUACGAGUACCAGGACAUUUCGCAGCCAGACCGUGUAAUUUUUGCCCUCAUCUGUCAAACUUAGAAGGGACUUAUUUUUUUGUCUCCUCUUGCUGGAUUUAUAUACUAAUCAGUACUUCAGUGUACUUUGUCUAUCAGACAGCCAUCCUAUGUAACAAGACUCUUUUUUGAUUGGCUGUAAUUAACAGUUUAAAUUUUAAUUGUUGAUUUGGGUCGAAGAAGAGCGUAAGAAGAUAAAUAUAACGGAUUGUGAUUACUAUAAAACUGAAGCGGAAUAUACAAGAGAGUCGACAUCAGAUCAAAAGAACACCCAGGCCACGAGAUGCAUUACUUAGAAAAUGGUAAUUAUACCCGAGUGUACCCCUUCAACAUCGGACGGAAAGAUAUAUUUCAUGGGUCUUCUACAGACCAAUCCUUAACAGGUCCAUAUACGAUGAUUCAAAGGACAUUUUGUGCUACUGGACUAGAAAAUUCAGUUCAGUUUGACCGAAAUCCACCGUCGUAUGAAGAACACAUGAAACGAUAUAAGCCAAUCAUGAAUCAAGUCGAUAAUUGCCAAAAACCAAUGAAACUUGAAUAUUCUCAGCAGAAUUCAACCUUCACCUCUGCUUCCAGCACCAUCGACAUGGUUGAUUCCUAUAAAAGAGAUUCAUAUGGCAUUUAUAAUCCAUAUUGUAAAUGUCGACCAGGCUUCUGCUACUGUUUGCGUUCAGGCAUCUACAACAGCAAAGCAGAUGAUGAUGAGGAGACGUAUCACGAUCUCAAAUCCUAUAUAUCUACAAGCGGCCAGGUUCAGUUAUGGCAGUUUUUACUUGAAUUGCUAUUGGAUGAUACGAAUACUUCUUGCAUCAAAUGGGACGGAGGUCGUGGAGAAUUCCGUAUGGUGGAUCCAGAAGAAGUUGCUCGAAAAUGGGGCAAAAGAAAGAACAAACCAAGUAUGAACUACGAUAAACUGAGCCGCGCUUUGCGUUAUUAUUACGAAAAGCAGAUUUUAUCAAAAGUUCAAGGCAAACGCUACACUUACAAAUUUAACUUCAAAAUGAUACAGCAGGCGCAGAAAUGCUCGUCUUCGACAGGAAGCGGAAGUGAUUCCGGUUCCCCUUAUCGGAGCCCAAGCAGCCCAUACAGCAUGGAUAUGUAUUCCUGUUAUGACGGAGCUGUCCCAAAUGUUGGCGGGUAUUCGAUCGUUCCGGACAACACAUACAACCAGCAGCCUGCAGUUGAUAUGCCCUACACAGCAGAUAACUAUCUAUCAUCAUAUAUAAAACAGAAUGUGAAUACAGCUUAUCAAGCAAACAUGGUGCCUUUAGAAAACACAUUCCCAGACACUUUAAUGCCAAUAACAGCAUCGACAAGCGAAACCAUGUAUGACACAUUCGGUUCACAAGCACAAUAUACAUAUUUGUAACAUUUAUUAAUAAUUAGUAAUAAAAUAUAUAUUUCCAAAACAAGAAAAAAAUCUACAUGAAUAUAAUAAAGGAAGUGAUAUGCAAUUUAUUUAAUAAAAUAGAUUUAUAUAAAUAACUUUCCAAAGGAAAGGAUAUAUAUAAAAGACAUAAACAUAUCUUUCUUUAUCCAGAAGGAUAUUUGAAUUAAAUUAAGUCAUUAUAUGCUCUCGUGAAACGGACUAUACACAAGAAAGUGUAAAUAUUAACUGAAAUAUCCGUGAACCUAAAUAAUAUCACUUGCGUGCAAACAAUCUAUUCCAAAAUGUGUCAAAAUGUAUUUUGUAGAAUUUUGCGAAAGAAAAUACAUUUUUAUCGUGUGUUAAGAAUUAUUUAUAAAUUAUGGCUCCAGCCAUAAGUUUGAACCUAAACUUGGUGAUGUAUUUCAUUGUAGUUCGUCGACAUGCAAAGAUCUGAAUUUAUCUACAGUUCAAAUUAAUAUUUGUAUCGCGUGGACGUUUUGUGUAUGUUCAUAUUUUAGAUCAAUUCAAAUAUCUGUGUGCAAUAUUGUACAGAAAUAGGCGCGAAUAAUUAGUAUUUUAAAAAAUAAUCAAUGAAGUUAAAUCCUCAGACACGUGAUUAGUUAACAUCAAUUAUUUAUUUUCUAAUUAUACCCAAAUCCAAAACUGGAAUAAAGUGGAUCGUUUCAAUCUCGUUAGAAUUGAAUUCGUGGGCAAAACUUCUUCGUCCCGCGAAAGUAUAACUUCGAGAGUAAGGAAUUUAGCCAGUUUGAUUUCAAAUAUAUCUUGAGUGAAAAUUGUAUCUACGAGAUUUCAUCUGGACCUAAUUGGGAAUAAUCACGUGACACAUUCGACCAAUUUGAAAUCAUGAAUUAGAAAAUGAAUUUAAAAAAAAAUAGUGGUUUUAAGAUUCAUUUCUAUGUCGUGUUGGAAAUAACUACCAUGUAAUUCCUUUAGGCGAUUGAUCUUUGUGUGAAUUAAUAGUACUAAUUCACACAAUUAAUUAGUGAAUUAAUUGUAUUAAUGUGUGAAAUAAUAGAAUUAAUUAUAUAAGAUGUCAAUAACUCAAGAGUUAAAUUUCCACAUAUUAAUAUAAAUAUGCUAAGAAACCUCUCCUGCUAUCAAUUCAAGAAGAUCAAGACAUUUCCAAGACCUUUAUUCAAAGACAUCACAAACCACAGCCGACUAAAAACGAAAUCUUUUCAAUUUACCCCAACUUUUAAGCUUCGGGAUUUCUAACGAUCUCUUAUAUAUCGAUCUCAUCUACAACGUUGCGAAAUUAGCAUCGUAAAGACUAUAACACUGAUCCUCUAUAAAACUGAAGUGUGACUUCAAUUUCAUUGUUGUGUACAAAUUUUGCUCAACUAACAAUUGAACAAUUUUCCGAUCAAACUUUUUUUUCUACAAUCGAGCAAAAAUCCCUUACGAUUAAUUUUGUUUCAUGCAGAGCAUAGAUGUUGAAUGUAAACAUCAAGCACAUCAAUCUCAUUUAUUAAAAAAAAAAAAAAAAUUAUAAAAUCUACGA